GAGGCGGGUUGCCCUUGACGCUCGGCGGCGCCAUUACCGACUCCAGCCCGCGCUCCCUCAGCCUCGCCCGCUGCCUCUGCCAGCCCCCGACCACCGGCGCCCAGGCCUCGGCUGGCUGGGAGGAGGAAGAGACGCGGGUGGGCAUUCUCUCCCUCUCCGCGCGCUCUGAUUGGACGGCGCGCGUGGCCUGAGAGGGACAAGCGAGGCUUGGGGUUGGCUGCGCCGCGCGCCCCCUUUUGCUGCUGAGGGGAAGAAGCCAGGAUUGCAACUCCUUCGUUCUUCGGCUUUCCGAUCAAGGAUGUGGCUCCUCAUAGUCGCAGCGAGUUUGAUCCAACUUGCAACUCCGGAAAACUUUGUGAGAAGACGAAAUGUCGACCCUGAAGCUACUAUGAAUAUUAGCGAAAUUAUUUCCUUCAGAGGAUAUCCCAGCGAAGAAUAUGAAGUGGUGACAGAUGAUGGGUAUAUCCUGAGUAUUAACAGAAUCCCUCAUGGGAAAAUAAAUCAGUGGAACAAGGGUCCCAAGCCUUCAGUGUUUCUACAGCACGGCUUGCUUGCUGAUGGCAGUAACUGGGUGACAAAUCUGGACUACAACAGCCUGGGCUUUAUGCUGGCUGAUGCUGGGUAUGAUGUUUGGCUGGGAAACAGCAGAGGUAACACUUGGUCCAGAAAACACAUACACUAUACAGCAGACCAAGAAGAAUUCUGGAUGUUCAGUUUUGAUGAAAUGGCUAGAUAUGACAUUCCCGCUUCAAUAGAUUUUAUCCUGAACAAAACCGGACAGGAGCAAAUAUUUUAUGUUGGCCAUUCCCAGGGCACCACAAUGGCGUUCAUUGCAUUUUCAACCAUGCCACGGCUAGCAAAGAAGGUAAAGAUGUUCUUUGGACUGGCGCCAGUAGCCACCAUAAAGUUUUCAACCAGCCCGUUAGCCAAGAUUGGAGUGUUUCCUGAACUGAUGUUCAAGGCAAUGUUUGGGAAUAAGCAGUUUCUCCCUCAGAACAAAGUUAUGAGCUGGCUUGCUACUCACUUAUGUGACCAUUCCAUAUUUGAUUAUCUUUGUGGCAAUGUUUUCUUCCUACUAUGUGGGUUUAAUGAGAAAAACUUAAAUAUGACUCGAGUAGAUGUAUAUUCUACACACUGUCCAGCCGGGACAUCUGUUCAGAACAUGCUGCACUGGGCUCAGGCUGUGAAGUCUGGGCAGCUCAAAGCCUUUGACUGGGGUAGCAAGAAAGCAAACAUGGCUCACUACAACCAGUCAACACCACCUUUCUACAAAGUAAAGGAGAUGACUGUUCCAACAGCUCUCUGGACUGGAGGUCAUGACUGGCUUGCUGACCCAAAGGACAUUGCCCUAUUGAUGACUCAGGUCCUGAACUUAGUUUACCACAAGAAUAUCCCUGAAUGGGAACAUCUGGAUUUCAUCUGGGGCCUCGAUGCACCACAGCGCAUGUACAAAGAUAUAAUUCAACUGAUGCAGAAAUAUCAAUAAGGCCACAUCAUCCUAGGAGCUGCGAUUCUGAAGCAUUUCUUCAAGAAACUAGUAUGAUCACGCUGCUUUUUUUUUGUUUAAUCAUGGAAAGAAAUCCUUCCUUCUUUAAAUACGUAUUCUCUUAUUAACCUGUCUACAUGCUGUUUAGUAAUACCUCAGGAAAUUUACAUUUUUGCACUGCUCAUAAGUGUUCUCAUGCAUCUUGAAUGGAGAUGUUGAGACACAACUUAAGCGUUCUUCUCAUUGUGGUAGUCUUGAGGAAAGGAAAAACCUUGUUGCUAAUCUUGUCUUAGUGAUAAGUAUCUGAAAGUAAACCUGAUCUGCCCAAACUUGUUAUGGAGAGCGGGGUGGAGAAAUGUUCUGACUAAAGCCUUGCUAGCAUCAGGAAGCUUGAUAAAAUGAGAUCUUAUCUCACCCCACUUCCCAUAGCAGAGUUAGGAAG